AUGUUGAAACAAAGAACAAUUGAAGGGUUACAAAAUCAGUUUGAUGAAUUAAGCGGAAGUUUAAGUCAGGUAGAAAAUGCUACAAGUUUACCUGAAGAGACUAUAAAAAAGAAAAAAUCAGCAAUGAAAAGCUUUUUCUCCUCAGUCCGGCAACAACAUAAUGAAAAUGAAGAACUAACAGAAAUUGAUAAAUAUCUUACACUUCUUAAAAUUGAACCAACAGAAGAAAAUGACCCAUUAACUUG